AUGCGGGGACCCGUCGCCGGAAGUCAUGCCAACAGCGCACAUUACAGUGACCGAGCUAGUAUCGGUGCCGAUGCAGCAUACAGGCAAUAUUUGGAUAUGGACUCGUUGCAGGAAAUGGCUGCGUCGUUAAACCUGAAAGGCGACGUUCCACUGAAUGAACUGGUUCGAAUAUCCGAAGAUGCCAUUCAGAAGUCUAAGAUCUUAGCGCAGCAAGGGCAACUAGAUCUUGCGCUUGUGCAGUACCUUCGAGCGUCUGACGUGGUGAUUAACACAAUUCCGAGGCACCCAGACUUCGCCUACAUGAAACAACACCAUCCACGAUGGGCAGAUCAAUUUUCAGGGCUUAUGAUGGCCGUGAAUUCCCAGCACUCGACAAUGGAGAACAUCAAGAAGAAGAUUACCCUUGAGAAUACCAAUGGUUAUGGCGCCGGUGACAACCAGUCGCGGCCUAGUUCGCGAGGGUAUCUUGUCACCACAAACUCCCCGUCAGAUUCCUCGUCUCGAUACGAAGGAGUCCAAAGCCCUACUGACCUCCCAAUUCGCAUGCCGAGUCCUUCGAGCUUCCAAUAUACUUCGGGCACUGGUGUUCCGUCAAUACUACAGCCAACAGGCUCCCCGUCGAAAAAGCCAAAGCCAGAAGUGAAACCUAAACCGGAGAACCUCACCCGAAGACUCGCCAGAGACAAAGUUCCAGCAGAAGAUUCUCUCGCCCAACGAUUCGCUGAAUUAAGGAAUCCAGGAAGGGCUUCAGCCGUGUGCGACAAUAAUGGUAUGAUUUUAGACAGCACAUUCUUCCCUUCUCCCUCCGCAGAGGCCUCUCACCCUUCUUCGGUUCCCGAUCCUCGCUUGGCUUUGAAUACACGACCUCCUCGUCCUUUAGGCCCACGGGAGAUGAAUACUCCCUAUGGUGAACCCCCGGCUUUACCUCCGAAACUCCCAAUUUCACCAGUCAAUCAUUCGCUUCCUACAUUUCCUACCCCUGCGUACAGCCCUAAUACCACCAUUCCAUCUCAACCACCCCAUAAUCCUCCCAGAACUUCAAUCGAUAGCCUCCGCCCUGGACCCUACAAACAAUCUUUUCCAUGGAUGGGUGAUUUGAACGAUGGUUUCAAUGCCGCCGAUGAUAAUCCGUACCGUUCGCGCACCCCUACCGAGAUGCAUGCUGAAGGCGAUGUAAGGAGCAAAAUGGCAGACACGACUGUCGGAGCAUCGAUUUCUGCCGAACGCUUACUGGAGUACCUUCGCAAACACGAUGUUCUGCUUAUCGAUGUUCGUUCCCGAGAUCAGUACGACACUGGUCACAUAAAUGCAAAAUCCGUAAUAUGCAUUGAGCCAGUCGUGCUGAAGGAAAAUGUCUCUGCGGAAGAACUAGAAGACCGCUUAAUUAUAUCGCCCGAAGCUGAGCAAUCUUUGUUCUCGAGACGAAACGAAUUUGACCUCAUCGUGUAUUACGACCAAAAUACCACCGAUCCAUCCUAUCUUCGUGGAUCCCCGGCCUCCAGUAGCCUUCCUCACCUGAGAGCUCUGUACGACACACUCUACGAGUUCAAUAUGUAUAAGCCCCUGAAAUAUGGCCGGCAACCGGUUUUACUUGUUGGCGGGCUUGAUGCCUGGGUAGACUUAGUCGGGCCGCAGUCAUUAGCAACUACCCACACCGCUGCUAUAAUGCAUUCAGUUCGGGCACGCAAGCCUAUCCCAGGGAAAUACCAGCCGCUGAGGAGAAUGCCAACUGUCAGCGCUAAUUCAAGUUGGGAAGUAAAGAAGAGGAGACUGCGUGAAUUCAAGCCCCUUGACGCGGAAGAGGAGCGAGCGUGGUUAGAAAAGGCGAAAGUUGAAGAGAUCGACCCGGCCAGCUACUACGCGGGCGAUGGGGUUAUCUCUGAAGAGCCCGAAGACCUGGAACCAACCGAAUCGGAAUCAACCUCUCCUUUUUUCCACACAUAUGAAGAUUUUCUUCGGCGCUUCCCUGAGCCCCAUGAUAACCAACAAUCUAUGGCCGGUCUGCCAACAAACGAGCCUCCAUCAAUUGGUCUUUAUGAGUCCACGAUCCCACCCCCUUCCCGGCCAGCACCGGCGGUCCCUCGCCCAUCAUAUAGUGGAGUCACCGACGACCGACACAUACAACCUCCUCUCGCGCGACAGGCCUCUGCCACCAAGCACGCGUUGUACAAAUCCAGCUCUCCCCUUGAUCGGGUCAAGCUCCCUCGCACUGGCCUUGUCAAUCUGGGAUCAACGUGCUAUAUGAAUUCAAUUAUCCAAAGUUUAAGCGCAACAACAGAGCUCACCAAAUUUUUCUUUGAUAACCGCUUUCAUGCUCAGGUUCAAAAGAACUGGAAAGGUUCCCAAGGCGUUCUGCCAGGGCUUUACGCGAACCUUGUUCGGUCUUUGUGGAAAAAUGACGUUGAAGUCAUCCGGCCUACGUCUUUUCGAAAAUUUAUCGGACGACUGAACUCUGAAUGGGCAGGUAGCCAGCAGCAGGAUGCUAAAGAGUUUUUUGAUGUCCUUGUCGACUGCUUGCACGAAGAUCUCAAUGUAAACUGGCAAAGGACUCCUCUACGCCCAUUGACAACGGAACAAGAGAUGCGCCGUGAGCGGACGCCAGUCCACCAAGUUUCAGGGAUAGAGUGGAGUCGAUACUGCCAUCGAGAACUAUCGUACAUUUCUACUCUUUUUGCUGGGCAACACGCCAGCCGAUUACGUUGUACGACAUGUCGGCGUACAUCCACGACUUACGAGGCUUUUUAUAGCAUCAGCGUGGAGAUCCCCGUGUCUGGCACCGGGGAUAUAUACCAAUGUCUCCGCAGUUAUUGCCAAGAGGAGAUGCUCAGCGGUGAUGAGGUUUGGAAAUGCCCUCAUUGUCGAACUGAGAGAGAGGCUACUAAACAAAUUAUCCUAACUCGCGCCCCGCGGUUUCUCGUCCUCCACUUCAAAAGAUUCUCUGCUUCCCAUCGCCAACAAGCCCGAAAAAUCCAUACACCUGUCUACUUUCCUCUCUCUGGCUUAGAUCUCAGUCCUUUCAUGAUUGAACCUUCUAAUUACCCUCCUACACCACAACAAAAUGGGAAUCCCACUCACUCGGAUACGUCAACACAGGCUGAGCUUACGCCGCAUGAGCUGGCAACAUCUCCUCCGUAUAUCUACAAUGCCUAUGCAGUUGUGCGGCACUUGGGAUCAACCAUCCAUGAAGGCCAUUAUAUUUCAAUGGCUCGUGACGCCAAUCGUGAUUGUUGGCGCAAGUUUGACGACCAUCGAGUCACGGAUUUCACGCCCGGUGGCCCUCGAUCACCCGAUUGUCUCCAAAACGAACAAGCAUAUUUGGUGUUUUAUGAGCGGGUUCCAGCGAACUAA